AUGAACAAUAUGUUGAAUGAUUUUAAUGAUAUACUUGAAGAUUAUAGCAUAAAUGAUAGUAAUAAGCAAGAUCAACAACAUCAGUAUGAAUUAUUACAAAAUUCGUAUCAAGAUUUACAUAAACUCUAUACCAAAAGUAUUGAAGAACAUGAAGAAGAAAAGCAAAAAAUAAUUUUCAAGUUCACAAUUUGUUAG